CGUUUCUAACCCUAUGUGCCGCCACCCGUGAACCAUCGCAACACCGGGCGCCCGUCGCCGCCAUACCGCCAUCCGCCGCCGCCACCACGCCGCGUCGUGCGCCUCUCCUCCCUUUGGCUGCUCCUCUAAAACACCGAAGAACCGAACCGAUCGCCACCGCCGCUUCCCACGCUCGACGACAGAUACCUUGCCUGAGAGAGUAUGAGGAAGCUCGGGUUCCACGAGAGGAAGCUACUGAAGAGGACCAACUUCCCCGAGUACCCGCGGGAGGGCGGCCACCGCGAGGCCGCCGUCACGCAGCGCUACAUCCUUGUCGAGAGGGACGACUACAAGAAGUACAAUGGGAUCUGCUGCAUGACGCAGAAGCUCGUGAACAUCAUAAAGCAAAUGGAUCCCAGGGACCCUUUCAGAAUCGAGAUGACGGACAUGCUGAUCGAUAAGCUGUUCAAUAUGGGUGUAAUUCCAACCAAAAAGAGCUUGGUCAAUUGCGAGAAACUUUCAGUGAGCGCCUUCUGCAGGCGUAGACUCGCAACAGUUCUGGUGAAGCUCAAGUUUGCGGAACACCUUAAAGAGGCUGUCACCUACAUCCAACAAGGGCAUGUGCGUGUAGGCCCAGAGACGGUCACAGAUCCAGCCUUUCUUGUAACGAGAAACAUGCAGGACUUCAUCACCUGGGUGGAUACCUCGAAGAUCAAGAAGAAGGUCAUGGAGUAUAACGGUGCACUGGAUGAUUAUGAUGCCAUGAUUUGAGGAAUGUAGUUUAGUAGAAAGUUUGGGACCGUCGGUGCUUCGGUGUAGCUACGCUUUUGAUAUUUUUGAAACCUGAAUCUGAGGCUACCACGUAUGUUA